AUUGGAGCCACCCCUCUCUUUCAGCUCCCUUUAAGGGCUAUUGUUAACUCAGAGUGCGUGAGAGAUAGAACCUUCCAGCAAACAGUGGGUGUAACGCGAGAGCUGCUAAUUGAGAUUUCUAAUGCUGCUGACCCCUUAAGGGCACAAGCUCUGGCGACUCUGACUCAGACAGCGUGGGGAGAGAGGGAGAGAGAGAGAGGGGGAGAGAGAGGGAGAGAGAGGGAGAGAGAGAGACGAGAGCAGGCAGCCAGCCUAGCCAGGCAGGCUGAGGAACUGCGCGCUCUGCAUUAACUCCUGCGUACAGUGCUGAACACUUUCCACCGGCAGAUCAGUCCUAUUACCAGGACCAGAACGGCUUUAGACUCAGAAAAAGCGUUUUCUUCUGUGUUACAAUUGUGUAAACAUCCCUCCUCCCGCCAAGAUCUUUCUGUUGUUUACUUUGGAUUUAACUGAAUAGAACAUUCGUGACGGCCAAAGUAUGCAGUCUGAAGGCUUCAAGGAACUGUUAUCAGGUACCGCCGACUCCUGAUUCUGCCAACGGUUUUCAGAUUUCAUUUGCAGUAGUGAUACUUCUCCGGGAUUGCUGGCACGGCCAAAGAGAGGGAAACUUUCUGGGAGCAAGCUGAUCGAACCUUUCCUGGAGAGUUAGAAAGAGGGAUUGGUAAUUUCUUGGAGCUCGAACUCUUCCUGGUGUCACUGCCUCCGCCCCCGUGCAAUGGUGGCAUCAACGUCCCACUCACACAGGUGACUUCAGAUGUGCUUGAGACUGUAACUCGUCCCGCCUGAUGUAAGGACACCUGAAAGUUUUCCGGAAACUUUCAUCUCGUCACGGCGUCCAGAGGGGGAGCGAUAAUUGUGGUGGGGUUUGAUUGUGAAUCGUCACACAGGUACCUUGAUGGAGUGAGACUGUGUGGGAUCGACCAACUUUUCUAAGCAAGCUCGGAGGUACUGCUUCAACAGUUUGUAAUUGUCCUGGAAUUGCUCAGCAACUUCUCGAAGAGGUAGACCGUGUUGAAGCCGGCAUCCAGCAGCUCAAGAGCUUAUAUGCAGAUCUUUGCCAACGACUGCACAGAACUGUUGAGGUACAAAAGGAAAGCUGCAGUGCCUUCACCAUUCCAUUCCACCAAUGAAUGCCCAGAGCUGCUGAGCUAUCAAGAUUUGGAAAGUUUGUAACUACUUCGAAUUUCUACUAAAGGAAGAGGAAUGAGCUACGUGCUGUGCAAACUGUGUCUCUGCGUGUUCACUCUCAUUACGCUCACCGUGUCAAGGCCCACUGUAUCACAAUUGGAAGAAAAGAACUCACAGUUAGUAUUGUUGGGCAGUGAAGCGGCAGAAACCCAGAACCAUAUUCUCCUGGAUCUUCAUGAUGGGCUCAAGUUGAUAUGUGGCACCAAUCGAACCGAGAACAUCAACUGGUACAAAGAAGAUAAGCAGAUCUUGCCCAGUGACAGAGUGCACAUAGUGCGGAAGGUUCUAGAAAUUGUAGAGACUAAUUACAAUGACUCUGGUCUAUAUCUAUGCGUGGUGCAUGGGACAGGCGAGAUUCUUAAAAACUUCACAGUGACUGUAGCAGACUCUUUGUCUUCUGGAGAUGAUGAUGAAGAUGGUGGAUCUGAAGAUUCAGCUUCAGAAACCAGUGACGGUCACUCGUUUCCUCAGAAAGGAGCUCCCUACUGGACACACUUUGAGCGAAUGGAAAAGCGCCUGCACGUGGUUCCAGCAGCAAACACAGUUAAAUUUCGCUGCCCAGCUGCUGGGAAUCCUCUUCCCACCAUACGCUGGCUGAAGAACGGCAGGGAAUUCAGGGGAGAGCAGCGGAUUGGAGGAAUUAAGCUCCGCCAUCAGCGCUGGAGUCUUGUGAUGGAGAGCGUUGUGCCUUCUGAUCGCGGUAACUACACCUGCGUGGUGGAAAACAAGUAUGGCAGCAUUAACCACAGUUACCAGUUGGAAGUUCUGGAACGGUCUCCUCACCGGCCCAUCCUGCAGGUUGGCCUGCCAGCUAACAAAUCUGCCGUGGUGGGCAGCAAUGUGGAGUUCCACUGCAGAGUUUACAGUGACGCACAGCCUCACAUCCAAUGGCUCAAACACGUGGAGGUGAACGGCAGUAGAUAUGGACCCGAUGAGGCUCCAUAUGUCCAAGUGUUAAAGACUGCUGACAUUAACAGCACUGAAAUUGAAGUCCUCUACUUGCAUAAUGUCACAUUUGAAGAUGCAGGGAAAUACACCUGUUUGGCAGGCAAUUCUAUUGGGAUCUCUUACCAUUCUGCCUGGCUGACAGUUUUACCAGAGGAAGAGCCCCCGAAAAUAAUUGAUUCCUCUGGGACAAAGUACACUGAUAUCCUGAUUUAUGCUGCUACAUCUCUGGCUAUCAUCCUGUCAGUAGUCAUCAUUAUAUUGUGCAGAAUGCAGGCAAGGUCCAGUAAGAGAGCCUUUGACCCACUGCCUGUGCAGAAACUCUCCAAGUUUCCUUUUAAAAGACAGUUUUCACGAGAAUCAAAUUCUUCAAUGAAAUCGAAUGCCUCUCUCGUCAGAGUGGCGCGCCUGUCCUCCAGUGGUACACCCAUGCUGUCUGGCGUCGUGGAGUUCGAGUUACCGAUGGACCCAAAGUGGGAAUUCCAUCGUGAUAAACUGGUAUUGGGGAAACCCCUUGGAGAGGGUUGCUUUGGGCAGGUGGUUAAAGCGGAGGCUUAUGGGAUAAACAAGGACGAACCAGACAAGCCAGUUACGGUGGCAGUGAAGUCACUGAAAGAUGAUGCCACGGAGAAAGACCUGGCAGAUCUUAUCUCAGAGAUGGAGAUGAUGAAGAUGAUGGAUAAGCAUAAGAAUAUAAUUAACUUGCUUGGUGCCUGCACACAGGAUGGUUUGCUAUAUGUAAUUGUGGAAUACGCCACAAAAGGCAACUUGCGGGAAUACCUCAGGGCUCGGCGGCCACCUGGCAUGGAUUACAACUUUCAUGUCACAAAGGUGCCGGAAGAACAGCUAACGUUUAAAGAUCUGGUGUCCAGUGCUUAUCAAGUGGCACGGGGCAUGGAAUACUUAGCAUCUAAAAAGUGUAUCCAUCGUGACUUGGCAGCCAGGAAUGUGUUAGUAACUGAAGACAAUGUCAUGAAAAUUGCAGACUUUGGUCUGGCACGAGGUGUGAACAAUAUUGACUAUUACAAGAAAACCACAAAUGGUCGCUUGCCAGUAAAGUGGAUGGCGCCAGAGGCCUUGUUUGAUAGAGUGUAUACACACCAAAGUGACGUAUGGUCAUUUGGAGUCUUGAUGUGGGAAAUCUUCACACUAGGUGGCUCUCCUUAUCCAGGAAUCCCUGUGGAGGAACUCUUCAAACUUCUCAAAGAAGGUCAUCGAAUGGACAAGCCAUCAAACUGUACACAUGAGCUAUAUUUGCUUAUGAGGGAGUGCUGGCAUGCAGUGGCUUCCCAAAGACCAACAUUCAAACAGCUGGUGGCAGAGCUUGACAAGGUCUUGAGUUCUAUAUCAGAUGAGUAUUUGGACCUCUCGACUCCCUUUGAGCAAUAUUCUCCCUCCUGCGAGGACAGCAACAGUACAUGUUCUUCUAAUGACUCUGUCUUUGCCCACGAACCUUUGUCCGAAGACCCGUGCUUACUCAACUACCGUGAUUGUAACACUCGAAGCAGGACUUGAGGAAAAUGUCAUUCUGCAACUGGUUCAGCGUUGCUAAUUGCCCUGUAAUUUACCAAGGUCGUUCAUCGGGGAAGGUCGGAAAAUGGAUUGAGACUGAUUUUUCCCUAAAACCUGCUUCUUCCUGAAAGGUAUGAAAUGUCGUUCUGUGGAAGUAAUGCAGGUGGUGUGGCAAGGAAUUAAAACCAUUAAUGCCUUCAUCGGUUCAGACUUACCACAAUUCUUGCCUUUUGAGACUGAUGACUAGCAAUAAAAGCCAUAUUUGUAUUCCGGCAUCGGCUGGCAGCAGAGCUCCCUGUCAUAGAAGCAUCAUACCACCUUUUAUGGCAAUUCUAUUGAUUCUUUGCCAUGUGACAUUAUCAAAGGAGGUGGUGCCUCACAGCUUGAUGUCUGGCAGUGAAGGAGCAUAAACUCAACCACACCAGCAACUAUAAGUUAUUUGGAACAGAAUCCAACUUGUCAGGAAAGAGCUUCCAUCAUUGGAACAGAUGAAGUUAAAGAUUUACUACUAAGAAAAUCCUGGACUUGCAUCUCUGGUCAAAGGUUCAAAACUAUCAUCUGGCAAUAAUAUCAUUAACAGCACCAUUCACUACACUCGUUACCUAAUAAGAUCAUAUCAUUUUGUGUAAUAAGUUUCUUAAUAGGUUUUGUUUUGAUUUUGCUCUCUGCCGGAAAACAAAGCUUUGAAGAAGGUAGGGUGCUUUACAUGAUUAUUUUACCUGGGCCUUGUAGAAUAUUUCAAUCAGACAUAUGUAGCCUCUAUUGAAAUGGAAAUUCUACAAUAAGCAAAUUGCAGAAUGACGUACCAAUUCUGGAAUGCCUGGAAUCCAGCGCAAAGCUCUUCAAACGAUGCAGUGACCUGAUAUCCCAUUUUAAAAAUAUCUUUGCAUCAAGAUAAGUCAAUAGCCAUCAAAGUAAUUGUUUUAUAAUUCUAAUGUUUACCAGUCUACGGAACUGAUGCAAAUUCUCAGAGGGUAUUCAGGGAUCAGCCUGGUCUAAUAAUCCAGUGACCAGUUAAUUGCAAAUGCCCCUAAAAUGAUUUGUAUGUAUAGUUCAAACUUCUUUGCUUAUUUUUUUAAAAGGGAAGUGUAUCUGGAGCACCAUACACGAUUGGCAAUAUAAUAGCAAUCAAUCAUCCAACUGUGUAACUGUAUCCACUUUCACCUAUAAACACAGCAAUUAGUCUCACAAGAGCAAUUACCAUAGCAACUGUUCUUUGUAGAAAAUUGAAUUAAUUUUACUGUGUGAAUGGACAAGUUUGGGAACAGCUGGCCCAGCUGUUUGUAACAACGGUUAUCCAGAUAAUAAUUGGUUUACUGUUUUAUACCCUGCAGAAAGUUAUAACAUAGAUACAGAUUUGUAUCUGAAAAUUUCUCUAAGUACCAUAUCCAAAUUUUUUGGCAGUCACACUUCCUUUUCUGGUUAUUAGUGCCAAUAUUUUUUGUGAUCUAAGAUUAAUUACCGUUGCUAUUGGAGACCUCCACAGAAAAUAAUAAUUGGAGUUUGCAUGUAAUUGCUUUCUAUUAAUUUGCUCAUUCACUGCUCUUUUGCACUAUGAGAAGGGGGAACAGCCAGACCAAGAGUGCAAUUACUUUUCACUCCAGUUUUACCUUUUUCCUACUAUGGGGGUUCUCUGAGCUUUGCUCCAUACAGUGAAGAGAUUCAGAUUAGCGAUUUAUGAGAAAUG